UGGUGCAUAAAGCCGCCGCCGCUGCUGCCACCACCGCCGUUGGUUUCCAGCAGCAGCUCUGGCCUCCUCUCGGCUGCGGGAGCAGCUGCUCCAAUGCCCCAGAGCGGCCAUGAGCUCCCCGCACUGGUGGGACCAGCUGCGGGCUGGCAGCUCGGAAGUGGACUGGUGCGAGGACAACUACACCAUCGUGCCUGCCAUCGCCGAGUUCUACAACACGAUCAGCAACGUCUUGUUUUUCAUUUUACCGCCCAUCUGCAUGUGCUUGUUUCGUCAAUAUGCAACAUGCUUCAACAGUGGCAUCUACUUAAUAUGGACUCUGUUAGUUGUAGUGGGAAUUGGAUCCGUCUACUUCCAUGCAACCCUUAGUUUCCUGGGUCAGAUGCUUGAUGAACUUGCAAUCCUUUGGGUUCUGAUGUGUGCUCUGGCCAUGUGGUUCCCCAGAAGGUAUCUGCCAAAGAUCUUUCGGAAUGACAGGGGCAGGUUCAAGGCGGUGGUCUGCGUCCUGUCUGCAGUUACAACGUGCCUGGCGUUUGUCAAGCCUGCCAUCAACAACAUCUCUCUGAUGACCCUGGGGGUUCCUUGCACGGCGCUGCUCAUUGCUGAGCUAAGGAGGUGUGACAACGUGCGUGUUUUUAAGCUGGGCCUCUUCUCGGGCCUCUGGUGGACCCUCGCCCUCUUCUGCUGGAUCAGUGACCGGGCCUUCUGUGAGCUGCUGUCAUCCUUCCACUUUCCCUACCUGCACUGCGUGUGGCACAUCCUCAUCUGCCUGGCCGCCUACCUGGGCUGCGUGUGCUUCGCCUACUUUGAUGCUGCUUCCGAGAUACCCGAGCAAGGCCCCGUCAUCAAGUUUUGGCCCAGCGAGAGAUGGGCCUUCAUCGGCGUCCCCUACGUGUCCCUUCUGUGCGCCAGCAAGAAAUCACCGGUCAAGAUCACGUGAUGGCUAGGCAGUGGCUGGCCUCUCUGCUUAUUUUCCCUCGCGCACCUUAAACUUCAUCUGCCAGCAGAGACAGCCAGGGGGGUUCGCAGAGUCGGGGGUGGAGUCUGUCUUUUAAAAAAUUCAGUGCCCUUGGGUUCUAACUAGUGUGUCUGUGGACCGCCAGGACUCCACGGUGCCUGGGGAGCAGCGGGUGUCUUUCCCAAAGGUGGGAAGUAGAGGGCCGAGGGGCACUAGGUGUGUCUCCUCAGUGUCACCUCCAGCUACAGUGCUCGUUGGGCUGCGUCCUUUAUGGUGAUGGCAGAGCCGUCCCGUGGGGGACCCAGCGCUGCACACGCCUCGCUUCCUGGAGAGAGUUUGCUCCAGAUCCCACCGUUCCCAUGUGCUCUCGGAGCGGACCCUCCCUUGACAGACAAAUCCUGCGCCAGACAAGACCCUCUGACUGUAUGAUGGAAGAGGCCAGAGGUUUUCAUUUGGGGAAACUGUCCUGAAACGAAAGCAAACAAAUGGAACGCACACAGGGCUUGUGGCUAAGGAGGCUGGUUUCCCCCCUUGCAGCUCUCCAUAACCCAGGGUUUACGUACAUGUGUGCAUCCUUUUCCUGCUACCUCUUCUGAGAGAUGGGAACUUGGCUUUAGAUCAGGGUGAAGCUAACAAGCAAAACCCUCUAUGCCAAAACCGACACUCCACGUUAAGCCGUUCUUGAAGAUAAGCACAAGUUUUAAAUGCUGACAUGGUCCCCGCCCCCCAGCCCAGUACCCUCAAACACGCAAAGAGAAGACUAGCUACGGUGUGAGUGGUGUGAGCUUUCCAUACAGAGACCCACCCCUUUACUGCUUGACCUCUGUGACAUUGCCAACGGCCUGUGACAAUCGUGGUAGGGGUCCUGGUUCAAACUUUGGAGCAAACAUGAAGUUUUAGAAGUUGUGCUCAUUGGAAGCCUCCUGUAUGCUGUGCUACUCUGGAAAUUAUCCUCAAGAAUCUUGCCGCUUCUUUCUUUGAUAUUUACUGUGGGAAUUACACUCCAUAUCCUCACAGUAUGAGGUGCUUCCUGUGGUUUCUCCGCGCUGGCGUUUGACCACGUGCUUUUCUUAAGUGCUGGCCUUAACUACACACUGGCUGCUUUGGGUGCAGCAGGGCAAAUCUCUUGCCUUCUGAGUUCUCACCUAAAGUGACACUGGCUGCAACUCCUGUCCUCUUCACUGGGCUGAAUGGGAGACUCUGCAUAUGUCUUCAAGGUGCGAGGUGGGAAUUCAUGACCUCAGGGAUACUCAUUUUAACUCAGGCAUCUCUUGCUUUGCAACAUUCCAUCACAGGAGAGGGCAGAACAGACCUGUCCUUCUUGUGUGGAUGGGAAUCACGUCACUGUCCUAAGUAUUUAAGAGUUGGGCAGUAACAGAUUUUGGCUUGUCCGGGAACUCUUACUCUGGUUAAAAUUUGCACAGAAUUGCAGGUGAAAAGUCCAAGAAGCAACUGAAUUUAGACUUUAAAAAUGAGUGACUUUAUUCUACUUCUGUGGUUUUCAAAUUAUUUUAGCAGCAGAGCCCUGUUUGCAGUAAGAAAUCUUUAUGGAGACCUAAUGUGUGAAAUAAUUUGUAUUUUAUUAGCUUAAAUUUAUUUUGAGGUUAAACUUAUAGCACUUCGUGAAUAAUGUAAAAGGCAGUGAAAAUGGAAAUUAACAAAUUGGUGGUUUCCAAGGUACAAAAAUUUGGUAUUGAAUGAGUGUACAUGUUGCUUUAUUGUAGUUUAAAAAACGAUAUUUGAAUUAAAUACUCGUGGAAUCUUUAAUGUACCGAUAUGAGACCUAGGUGGCUUGUGGAACAGAAUUGGAAAAACUGCUCUUAAGUCCUUUGGGUUUCAAGUCUAGAAUUUUCUUUAAAGGGAAAUGUCAGACCAUCCAGAUUGACCACCCAGGCACAGAUUCUCGUCUCAUCCAUCCUGCAAUAUAAAAAUGCUCCAACUAGGGAGUUUGUUGUACUUUAAGCCCAGCUCUUUUAGUGGGAAAAAGUAAAUAAGGAGAAGCAGAGAGUGUAGGAAAUGUUUUGUGUGUGUGUGAGGUUUAAUUUUUGUCUUGAAAGCUCCUCAGUGAUGGGAGCAUUGUCCCAACAAUUAAGGAGGGACAAUUUCUCCCUAUGAAAUGAAGGGUGUGUUCCGUGGGAAACACCAUCUCCAGCCCCCAAGGCUUUGACAUUGCCCUUCUGGAAGGUUCUGAGUGACCUUUGGAAAUAGGGAUACAAUGUGACUCUGCUGGAAGUAAGGAAGUAAGUACACUAACUCACAGGACUAUUUCUCUGCUUCUCCUACAAGACAAAUGACUAAGUUAAGUUUAGGAGAGAAUGCUUUUGUUAUGAAAAACAGAAUGCCCUCCUAGAGAUUGGUUUUAAUGAGAUGAGGGCUGAGAAGAAAGUGUGGAAUGGGGUAUAUUUGAGGAAGACAAGACUUUGCUUUUGAACAGAAAUCACUACGCUUGCCAUUGUGGGAUGGUAAAUCAAGAGAGUAGGAAUAGGGCUUCCCUGGUGGCACAGUGGUUAAGAAUCCGCCUGCCAAUGCAGGGGACUCGGGUUCGAGCCCUGGUCCA